AGAUCAUCCCAAGCCUCGGCCAAAGUGAUAAGAGCACGAGUCUUCGUUCACACUCCAUACGGAUACCAAUAACGCAACUUGGGGCGUCUAUAUGUACUCGUGCAGGGACAUACUGAAGCCAGCCAAAACGGAUCUACACCAACUUGCACAAGCUUACGCAUUCCUCGGAUUCAAAUCCCAGACAUGCACGCCAACUGCGUCACCCAUCAUUGUCAUUGAAGCACCGAAAAUAUGGGCGGUGCCGCAAAUGAUACAAGCAGUGUCCGUAACUACCUCUCCAAGGGCUAGAUGGAUGUCUGGGGUGCGACUUGAGACCUCAUCACAACUGAAGAAGGUGCUCUGGCAGCAUUCUCGAGACGACCAGGGAGAGCAAGGCCGGAAAGUCACUUAGCGAUCCUAUUUCAACACCCAGUCAACACUUUGUCAACCCUUGGUGGUGAUGCGCUGCUGUAGUCCUCGGGCGUCAUGGCUUGCGCGCAGUGAGUCAAGGGGAGCGCCGUAGACCUUUGCUUUCUUCUUUUCCAAGACUUCAUUCGGCAGUAUUUCUGCUCUGCGGCCGAAAGACCGAGC